GCCGCUCCCCCGGCCGCCCGGGGGCCCGCGGCGGCGCUCGCGGCCUCUCACCCGGGGCGGGCGAGUUCUGGGAAAGGCCGGCCCAGGGCGGGGGCCCCGCUGCCGCCCGCGCCGCCGUCCGGUCCCGGCAGCUCGCAGAGUCCAGGGGCGCUGAGCAAGGGAGCGGCGCCCGCGGGGGCGCACUCGCUAGCGCGGCGGGCGGGGGUGGGGGACCCCGGCGGGCGCGGGUGGGGGUGGGGGCCCGGCGGGCGAGCGGGCGGCGCGCCCCGGGCUCUGCCUCCCGGGCACUUGCCUGGCUGCGGCGCGCUGCUGGCACCCGCUCUUCCGCUGACACACGGUAGCGGGGACACCCGACGCCGCUAGCGACAGGCGCGUCCCCAGAGGGACGCUGCAUUUGGGGACUCCGGCGCUACUGGCCCGAAGAGGAGAGGAAACAUUCAAACUGGAAUUUUAAAUCAUUAGUAAGUCAGUGAUGGAUCAGAAUUUGCAGAAUGCAAUCCUGAGUAAAACUCUCCAAAAGAAUUACUUCAAAUAAUAGAGGAAAGAAAGUUGAACUGCCACCUUAAAACCCUGGUCUAGAAAAACAUUGCAGACAUCAGAAAGUAAUAACUGGGGAAAUUUAUUUGGCUCUUAAUGAAUCUGAAUCAAAAAAAUUGUCACACUGUUUCUCAGAGGACUUCUGUAUCUGAGAAAUAAUAUUUUAAUAAUAAGUUCUUUUAUAAAAAUCUUGACAUGAUCACCAGAGAGGAGAAACAGUAAUAGCUAAAACCUGUGUAUGUGUGAAGAUGACAUCAGAAGAAAUGGCAGCUUCUGUUCUCACACCUGUAACUCAGAGAAAAGUAACAUCCACUCCAUCGGCUAUAGAUGAAAGUAGUGAAAAGGUCUCAGACAUCAGUGUUCUGAAGGCACAUAGCAUCAGGCAGAGUGGGCAGACUUCUACCACUGCACAGAUGAACAAGCUUAACGAAGAACCUUCUGGAAGCAACUUGCCCAAGAUUCUCUCAAUAGCAAGGGAGAAAAUAGUGAGUGAUGAGAACAGCAAUGAAGAGUGCUGGACAGAAAGCACACCAGUUUCUGUGGAAAACCUUAACAUUAACCAAAACAACGUACUGACAAAGAGCCAGUGUUAUGACACGUGUGAUUCUGUCAUGGAGGAAGACCCAUAUUUGGAAACUGGAAUCCCAUCCUCACUGGAAAGAGAGGUGUUCCCUGGAAUUCAACUGGAAAUUGAUGGACCUCCCAUGGACAUUAGUCCCUUAGGAAGUCAGUCGGCCAUCAUAGAGACUGGCCAGGCACACCCUGAUGGCAACACAGCAGCAUUUCACUUUCACUAUGAAGUUGACAGAAGAGUGUCAGAUACUUUCUGUACCCUGUCAGGCAACUUGAUUUUAGAUGAUUGUGGAAACUGUGUACCACUGCCUGAUGUUGGUGGGGAGCAAAAGAAAAAUUAUGCGGCAUAUACUUGUAAACUUAUGGAAUUGGCUGAAAACUGUGAUAAUAAGAAUGGGCAGCUGCAAUGUGAUCAUUGUGACACCUUGGAUGACAAUUACUUAUGCUUUGAAGGUUCUUGCCGAAGGGCCAGUGUGCUAUGUUCAAGUGACAGCCUUUGCAGGGAGGACUUGACUAACAGUCCCCCUGCCAAGACUUUUCUGAGCCAUUUUGAGGACUUCCCUGAUAACUGUGAAGAUGUAGAAGAAGAUUUUUUUAAGAGCAAAAAGGAGAGGUCCACUUUGUUAGUGAGGAGAUUUUGUAAAAAUGACAGGGAAAUAAAGAAAUCUGUGUAUACCGGGACAAGGGCAAUCGUGAGGACUCUGCCUUCUGGUCACAUUGGGCUGGAAGCUUACAGUUACAUCGAUCAGAAGAGAAGUGGUCUUUUAUUGCCCUGUGGGAGAGUUCUGGAACAGCUGUCAGUGGUGGCGAUUAGGCAGGAUGGAAGCCAGUGCCUAUCAGAAGCCCAGUGGUAUCGGAUCUACAAUGCAGUGAGAAGCGGAGAAGAAAUAGAAAAUACAAUUGAAUCUCUUCUCCAUGUCUUCACAAAUCUCCCGGCCUCCGAGGCAGCCCAUGAAAGGAUUAGCAUUGGUCCAUGCUUAAAACAGUGUGUCCAAGACACCAUAUGUGAGUACCGGGCCACCCUCCAGAGAACGUCCAUAUCUCAGUACAUCACGGGCUCUCUCCUAGAAGCAACCACAUCUUUGGGAGCAAGAAGUGGCCUACUCAGUACUUUUGGAGGAUCCACUGGACGAAUGAUGCUAAAAGAACGCCAGCCAGGCACCUCCAUGGCCAAUUCCAGUGCCCUCCCUUCAAGUUCAGCUGGGAUCAGCAAGGAACUGAUUGACCUCCAGCCCCUCAUUCAGUUCCCAGAGGAAGUUGCCAGCAUCCUGAUGGAGCAGGAACAGAACAUUUACCGAAGGGUCUUGCCAGUUGACUACCUUUGCUUCUUGACCCGGGACUUAGGCACUCCGGAAUGCCAGACAUCCCUGCCCUGCCUCAAAGCAUCCAUCUCAGCUUCGAUUCUUACCUCCCAGAAUGGAGAGCACAAUGCCCUGGAAGAUCUGGUGAUGAGAUUUAAUGAGGUGAGCUCUUGGGUGACGUGGCUGAUCCUCACGGCGGGCUCCAUGGAGGAGAAGCGGGAAGUCUUCUCCUAUUUGGUGCAUGUGGCCAAAUGCUGCUGGAACAUGGGCAACUACAAUGCUGUCAUGGAGUUCUUGGCUGGCCUCAGGUCAAGAAAAGUUUUAAAAAUGUGGCAGUUUAUGGACCAGUCUGACCUGGAGACCAUGAGGAGCCUGAAGGACGCCAUGGCUCAGCACGAAUCUUCCUGCGAGUACAGGAAGGUGGUCACGCGGGCCCUGCACAUACCCGGCUGUAAGGUGGUUCCAUUCUGUGGGGUGUUUCUGAAGGAGCUCUGUGAAGUACUGGACGGAGCCUCUGGCCUCAUGAAGCUUUGCCCGAGGUACAAUUCCCAAGAAGAAACUCUAGAGUUUGUAGCCGAUUACAGCGGACAAGAUAAUUUCUUACAACGAGUGGGACAUAAUGGCUUAAAGAAUUCAGAGAAGGAGUCCACUGUCAACAGCAUCUUUCAGACCAUCAGAAGCUGUAGCCGAAGUCUGGAGGCAGAGGAUGAAGAUAGCCCCAGCGAAGGCAACAGCUCUAGGAAAAAUUCCUUGAGGGAUAAAGCACGGUGGCAGUUUAUAAUUGGAGAUCUGUUGGAUUCUGAAAAUGACAUCUUUGAGCAGUCGAAAGAAUGGGACUCUCAUGGAUCAGAAGAGCCACAGAAGGCCUUUGACCAUGGCACGGAGCUGAUCCCAUGGUACGUGCUGUCCAUCCAAGCUGAUGUGCACCAGUUCCUACUGCAGGGGGCCACUGUCAUCCACUAUGACCAGGACACGCACCUGUCCGCCCGCUGCUUCCUUCAGCUUCAGCCUGACAACAGCACCUUGACCUGGAUAAAGCCCACCACUGCCUCCCCAGCCAGUGCUAAAGCAAAACUUGGUGUGCUUAGUAACACGUCUGAGCCUGGCAAAUUCCCCUUACUGGGCAAUGCUGGAUUAAGUGGCCUGGCGGAGGGGGUCUUGGAUCUGUUUUCAGCAAAGGCUGUGUACAUGGGACACCCUAGCAUCGAUAUACACACUGUGUGUGUUCAGAACAAACUGGGUAGCAUGUUUCUCUCCGAGACUGGUGUGACACUGCUCUAUGGGCUCCAGACCACAGACAACAGAUUAUUGCACUUUGUGGCGCCCAAGCACACAGCUAAGAUGCUCUUCAGCGGAUUGCUAGAACUCACGAGGGCCGUGAGGAAGAUGAGGAAGUUCCCAGACCAGAGACAGCAGUGGCUGCGGAAACAGUACGUCAGCCUCUAUCAGAAUGUGGUUUUUUUACAGGAGGACGGACGGUAUGAAGGCCCAACUUUGGCUCACGCUGUGGAGCUGUUCGGUGGCCGGCGAUGGAGUACACGCAAUCCCAGCCCUGGGACAUCUGCGAAGAGUGCUGAGAAGCCCAGUGUGCAGAGGAACAACACACUGGGCAUAAGCACCACCAAGAAAAAGAAGAAAAUCCUUAUACGGGGUGAGAGUGGAGAGGCAGCUGAUGACGAGAUGGCCACGCGGAAGGCCAAAAUGCAGAGGGAGAGUCGCAGUCGGAGUGGUUCAGACCCUCAAGACGUGAAUGAGCAAGAAGAAUCCGAGGCAAAUGCCGUCAUGAGCCCUCCUAACACUCUGCCUUCCAGAAGAGCCCACUCCUUGACCACGGCUGGGUCCCCCAACUUGUCUGCUGGAAUAUCAUCUCCCAUCAGGCCAGUGUCUUCCCCUGUGCUGUCUUCUUCAAACAAGAGCCUGUCCAGUGCUUGGAGCAGCAGCAGCUGGCACGGGAGGAUCAAAGGAGGAAUGAAGGGUUUUCAGAGCUUCAUGGUUUCCGACAGUAACAUGAGUUUCGUUGAAUUUGUUGAGCUGUUCAAAUCAUUCAGCGUGAGGAGCCGUAAGGACCUAAAGGAUCUCUUUGACAUCUACGCCGUGCCCUGCAGCCGAGCCGGCUCCGAGUCAGCCCCUCUCUACACCAACCUAACCAUCGAUGAAAACACCAGUGAUCUUCAGCCUGACCUAGAUUUACUGACCAGAAAUGUCUCGGACUUGGGGUUGUUCAUUAAGAGUAAGCAGCAGCUGUCAGACAACCAGAGGCAGAUAUCUGAUGCCAUUGCUGCUGCGAGUAUCGUGACUAAUGGCACUGGGGUUGAGAGCACGUCUCUGGGCAUCUUUGGGGUCGGCAUACUCCAGCUCAAUGACUUCCUUGUCAACUGCCAGGGAGAGCACUGCACUUACGAUGAAAUCCUCAGUAUCAUUCAGAAGUUCGAGCCUAGCGUUAGUAUGUGUCAUCAGGGCCUACUGUCAUUUGAGGGAUUUGCAAGGUUUCUGAUGGAUAAAGAUAAUUUUGCCUCCAAAAAUGACGAGUCACAGGAAGACAUUAAAGACUUGCAGCUGCCCCUGUCCUACUAUUACAUUGAAUCUUCACACAAUACCUACCUCACAGGCCACCAGCUCAAAGGAGAGUCCUCAGUGGAACUCUACAGUCAGGUCCUCCUACAAGGCUGCAGGAGUGUAGAGUUGGACUGCUGGGAUGGAGAUGAUGGGAUGCCCAUCAUCUACCACGGGCACACGCUGACAACCAAGAUCCCCUUCAAGGAGGUGGUUGAAGCCAUUGACCGCAGUGCCUUCAUCAACUCUGACCUGCCCAUCAUCAUAUCAAUUGAGAACCACUGCUCCUUGCCUCAGCAACGAAAAAUGGCAGAAAUUUUCAAGACUGUGUUUGGAGAAAAACUGGUGGCAAAAUUCCUGUUUGAGAGCGAUUUCUCAGAUGAUCCAAUGCUUCCCUCACCUGACCAACUUAGGAGGAAAGUACUUCUUAAAAAUAAGAAGCUAAAAGCUCACCAGACGCCAGUGGAUAUCUUAAAGCAAAAGGCUCAUCAGUUAGCAUCCAUGCAAGCUCAGGCUUAUAAUGGGGGGAAUGCCAACCCCCCACCUGCUAAUAACGAGGAAGAGGAGGAUGAAGAGGAUGAAUAUGAUUAUGACUAUGAAUCUCUGUCUGAUGACAACAUUCUAGAAGACAGACCUGAAAAUAAAUCAUGUAAUGACAAGCUUCAGUUUGAGUAUAAUGAAGAAAUCCCCAAGAGGAUAAAGAAAGCAGAUAACUCUGCCUGCAACAAAGGAAAGGUUUAUGACAUGGAAUUGGGAGAAGAAUUUUAUCUUCCUCAGAAUAAAAAGGAAAGCAGACAGAUUGCACCAGAGCUUUCUGACCUUGUCAUCUAUUGCCAAGCAGUAAAAUUUCCAGGCCUGUCAACUCUAAAUGCAUCUGGCUCUAGCAGAGGAAAAGAAAGGAAAAGCAGGAAGUCCAUUUUUGGCAACAAUCCGGGCAGAAUGAGCCCUGGGGAGACAGCAUCGUUUAACAAAGCAUCUGGAAAAAGUUCCUGUGAAGGAAUGCGGCAGGCCUGGGAGGAAUCUUCUUCCCCCCUGAACCCAACCACAUCCCUCAGCGCUAUCAUUAGAACUCCCAAAUGUUACCAUAUCUCAUCGCUGAAUGAAAAUGCCGCCAAACGUCUGUGUCGCAGGUAUUCUCAGAAACUGAUCCAGCACACCGCCUGUCAGCUGCUGAGGACUUACCCGGCUGCCACCCGCAUCGACUCCUCCAACCCCAAUCCCCUCAUGUUCUGGCUCCAUGGGAUUCAGCUCGUGGCGCUCAACUACCAGACAGAUGAUCUCCCCUUACAUUUAAAUGCUGCCAUGUUUGAGGCCAACGGUGGCUGUGGCUAUGUUCUGAAACCCCCAGUUCUGUGGGACAAGAACUGUCCCAUGUAUCAAAAGUUUUCACCCUUGGAAAGAGACCUGGACAACAUGGAGCCUGCCGUCUAUUCCUUAACUAUCGUCUCUGGUCAAAACGUGUGUCCAAACAGCAGCACGGGGAGCCCGUGCAUCGAAGUCGACGUCCUGGGCAUGCCCCUGGACAGCUGCCACUUCCGCACAAAGCCCAUCCACCGGAACACUCUGAACCCCAUGUGGAACGAACAGUUUCUCUUCCGGGUUCACUUUGAAGACCUCAUAUUUCUUCGUUUUGCGGUUGUGGAAAACAACAGCUCGGCUGUGACUGCUCAGAGAAUCAUCCCACUCAAGGCUUUAAAACGAGGUUAUCGGCAUCUUCAGCUGCGAAACCUCCACAAUGAAGUCUUGGAAAUCUCUAGUUUAUUCAUAAACAGCAGAAGGAUGGAAGAAAACUCCUCCAGCAGUGCUGUGCCGGCCUCUUUGAUGUUUAAUACAGAAGAAAGAAAAUGUUUGCAGACUCACAAAGUCACAGUGCAUGGGGUCCCGGGUCCAGAGCCCUUUACUGUUUUCUCCAUAAAUGGUGGCACCAAGGCAAAGCAACUUCUCCAACAAAUUCUGACGACUGAACAAAACACCAAACCUAUUGUCACAGACUAUUUUUUGAUGGAAGAAAAAUUUUUUAUAUCUAAGGAAAAGAAUGAAUGCAGGAAACAACCAUUCCAAAGAGUCAUUGGUCCAGAAGAAGAGAUCAUGCAGAUUUUAAGCAGCUGGUUUCCAGAGGAAGGCUAUGUUGGCAGGAUUGUCUUAAAAACCCAGCAGGAAAACCUAGAAGAGAGAAGCAUUAUUCAAGAUGACAAGGAGGUGAUCCUGAGCUCCGAGGAGGAGAGUUUCUUUGUCCAAGUGCAUGAUGUUUCUCCAGAGCAACCUCGAACGGUCAUCAAAGCGCCCCGUGUCAGCACCGCACAGGAUGUCAUUCAGCAGACCUUAUGCAAAGCCAAAUAUUCCUAUAGCAUCCUGAGCAACCCCAACCCGAGUGACUAUGUGCUUUUGGAAGAAGUGGUGAAAGAUGCUACCAAGAAGUCUUCUACCCCGAAGUCCUCCCAGAGGGUUCUUUUGGAUCAGGAAUGUGUGUUUCAAGCCCAGAGCAAGUGGAAAGGUGCAGGAAAAUUCAUCCUUAAGCUAAAGGAGCAGGUGCAGGCAUCCAGAGAAGACAAAAGAAAAGGCAUUUCUUUUGCAAGUGAAUUCAAGAAGUUCACCAAGUCAACUAAACAGCCCCGAGGACUCACAUCAUCUUCUCAGGUCUUGGCCUCAGAAAGUGUCCAAAGCAAGGAGGAGAAACCAGUGGGCAGCUUGCCCUCCAGUGAUGCCAUAGACUACCGACAAUAACCGAGGCUGGCAUGUUUUACCCAGGUGAAGAUCCUUUGGUAAGAAGUUGAAGUCAAGAGUGAACAUGGUAGAAACAAAUAUUAUUUCCUUUACCUUCAUCAGACUUAAACUGGAAACUGAUGAUUUCUGAACUGAAGACUUCUUCACACAUGAUGUGAAGUCCACGCUGAGGUCAAGCAAAAUGGCACCGGGCUACCUACCACCUAGUUUCCUGAUGAAUGCAACCAAGAAGCCCAGGAGGUGGCCAUUUUAUAAAUGUCAGCAGUCGGAACACUGCUAAGCUUGCAGUGACGGACUUAGAACAAGGGUCAGCAAACUCUGUCCAUAAAGGGCCAGACCGUAAGGAUUUUAGGCUUUCUGGGUCCUUUGGUCUCCACUGCAGCCACUCAGCUCAGCUGGUAACAGUGCAAAAGCAGCCACAGACCAUACAGAUGUGAGUGUGGCUGUGUUCCAAUAAAACCACUUACAGACGCUGAAAUCGCAACUUCAUGUAUUUUCACGUCACUAAUAACUCUCUUUUGGGUUUUUUUUCUAUCACUCAAAAACAUAAAGACUAUUCUUAGUUCAAGAGCCAUAAAAAACCUGGUGGCAGGCUGGAUUCGGCACAGAGCCAUAGUUUGCUGACCUGACUUAGAAAACUGGGAACAAGACCACAGAGGUCUGAAAACAAGUAAGCUAGUUCAGUCCUACACGUCAUGGAUGACAAUUGGAAACUUCGGGGCAAAUGUAGAUACAUCCUGUAGGAGUCAUUAAAGAGUAAUUCGGUGUAGGUUAUGUAUUAUGCACCGUAGUGGACUCUUCUUUAGCAUCUCUUUUUAUGUAGAGAAUGAUGCUGGGUUGUUGUUUUUUUUUUUUUUUUUUUAAGUUUAUUGCUUAUGUAUUCACAGAUUAUUCCACUUUUGGUUUUCACAAAUUGAAUUUAGAAUGAUGUAUAAAUUAAUUACUGAGUUGUGACAUCUUAACAAGAAAUUUAACCAUUUCUUAAAGCAAAAGUAGACUGAGCUGGUGUUCAAAUUUAUUUAUUUUACAAGGUUUGUACUGACACUGUACUUAUAUAUUUAUUAUACAUAGCUUUCUUGAUAUCACUUAUCGAUUAAAAGCAUUACUGGUUCUCACUUUUAAGACAAAUCUAGCAACAACAAAAAAAAAUGUAUGCUCUGAAUACAUGACAUGGGCCAGAAUUUCAUGUUAAAAAAAAAAGCUUCAUUUUCAUUUCUGAUUAACUGAAGAGCUAUUGCUCCAAGUUAUAACUGCCAUUUAAGAUAUAUUAUCUUUAAAAUCUUGCUGUAUAAAACUAUCAUGUAAGUAUAAAGGAUUCUUGUUAUUCUUGGUAUGAAGCAAAUUAUGACUUUUAAAAUGUAAUGUGUGUUCCUCUAAAGUAAAAUUCAAAUUUUACCUUUC